AUGCAAAUUUUACACCAAACAUCACUAAUUCUACUUAAACAACUAUUUGAAUCAUCAUUAUCAUUAUUGUUUGGCAAAUUGCCAUAGGAAUCACAAUUACCACCAUCAACACAUUAAGUUGGCGAAGUUGAAUUAUAUUAAUAAAAUGUACAAAUUUUAGUUUAAUCAGGCUUUUUUUAAAAGAAUUAGCAAAAUGUUACUUUUUAUGUUGGUUUCAAUCCUGGAUCCACAACUUUACUAUCAUUAUUAUUACAAUCGCUAGAACUAAUCUUUUUUAAUUAUGUUUAUUAUUUACGUAAAUGGAACAAUCUCUAAACUAGUAGGGGAUGAAAUAUCUGCACAUGUUCCAUCGCUACAAGUUGUUCCAGUUGAAUAUUUAUAUAAUUAACUUCUCUCUAAAUUUGAUUAAGCUAGACAAUAUGCAAAUUUGAAUGCACUUUAAUUGAAAUCACUAUUUGAAUCCAAACUGUCUGAAGUAGGAAUUGCUAAAACACUGCAAUCUUUAUUAAUUGCAAGUUCACAUUUACUUUAAUCAAUUUUUAUUCUACAAUAGUCACUAGCUUCUUGGAUACUUUUCCAAUAAGAAAAUUUUUAAAUUCUAUUGUAAUUUCGGUUAGAAAUAUUGAAGGGUAAACCAUCUGAAAAAACUGCAGCAUAACACUUUCAAUUAAAAUAUAAGAAUCCUGGUUUAUGGGUUGUAUAUUCUUCUUAACUUGAAGCUGAGAUAAUAUCUUAGCAAGCAGAAAUAGCUUCUCAUGCACUACCUGUCUUAUAAACACAUUUCAUAUAUUCUGCAUAUUGUGUUCCUAAUUUUGAUGAAUCUUUGAUCACCUUUAAUCCCUGA